AAAACUCACGUCACUUCCUUGCCCAUCCCUAAAGGAAAAAAGACAUUUCGGAGAGAAGAGCGACGCCAGAAAAGUCAGUAAAAGAGGGAAAGCGAAAGCUAUUUAAACAAACAUUUGGUUAUAAGAAGAACAAAUUGGCACAACCUCACUGAUAAGCACACGGUGAUCAAACUUCAUUGGACAGGAGGACGCAUUCCUGGACAAAAGUUUCAUUCCUCAGUUGCUACCAUGCCUCUCCACAAAUCAUCUUCUCGAACCCCACGUCUGGACCCCACCAUGAUCUCCGCUCCACUGGGUGAUUUCCGUCACACCAUGCACAUUGGUCGAGGUGGAGACGCUUUUGGUGACACCUCCUUCCUGUCCAGCCAUGGCCCCUCUAGUCCUAAUCCCACGUCUGUGCAACAACCAGUCAUGGCAGCCACUGUAGAGACCACAGACAAUCAGAUGAACCACAACAAUGAAAUUGAAUACGCAGAAGAUACCGGUCCAAAUGAGCUCCGGCACUCCGAUUCAGUUUCUUCCUUUGACCUCGACUUGGAUUUAGGGCCUUCGAUUUUAGGAGAUGUCCUGGGAGUGAUGGACGGACUGACGAUGGGUUCUCACAAAGACAACGAAGACGUGUUUAGUCCCAGCAGGAGCACGAGAGAUGUGAUUAUGUCACCAAGGAAUGCUGCCAAUGAGUUGAACGAGAGGAUGAGGAUGGAAAGUAUGACCAAAGAGGUGAGCCAUCGAGAUGAGCAGCUGAAUGAGGUGAAUGGCGUGAAAUCAAAAGGGCUCAGGCCCAAAGUGCGAUUCAGCGACAAACGCGAUGAGAUCAUCGGUCGACAGGAAGUAAUCGAAGGGCUAGAUGUGGAAGUUGAAGAAGAAAUGGGCUUGAGACCAAAUAAGGAGAUGCAAGAGAUUAGUGGGAGAACGGCUUACGACAAAGACCCAAGACAAGCAGAGGUGGUUAAUCGGAGGGAGGACAACUCUCCAAGCCUCUCUUCCUCAGUGAGCUCAGAAUAUGAGGGAGUCUCACCGCUGGACCGGAGGAGAGAAGACCAGCAUCUUUCAGAAACAGAUUCAGAGGAGGAAGGUGCCAACGGACAACAAGGAUACACUUUUGAGGAUGAAUUCGAUGAUGAGAUUGGCCUAUAAAAGGACAUAGUGAGCGAUUUGAGGACCAAAAAUAAGUCAUUGGCAUAUGGAUCAUGUCAUAUGAACAGAAUUGUUCUUUAAAAAAAAAACAUCCAUACAAGGAGUUAAUGAAAAUAUCUUCUUGAGGUAAUAACUGGACAAUUUGGAACUUUCCUUUCCAGGUUUACAGUGGUGUUUGCUCAUUUUGGAACUAUUUUAUGAAAGUAAGACAAUGUUGCGGUUUUGUUUUUUAUUGGAUUUUAUAACUACACAUUUUGAAAGUCUCCCAUGGACAGUGUGAUGUCUUACAAAGAAUAGCUUAUGAACAAACCUAUUCAUACAUUUGCCAUGGUCUCAGCUAUAUAAUAUUGAGCAGUAAAUGUUCAGUUUUUCCAGUUCAUAACUCCGUUAUAGGGCACUUUACCUUCUUCAGUUAACUGGAAACAGCUUUAAUCUCAAUGGAGUGAAUACCUGCAGUUCAAACAGAAUGGAACAAAAAGGUGAUGUUUAGACUGACAGCUGACCUUUUAAAGCCAAAUACAACAUACAAAGUUAUAAAUUAUUGUUUAUAUUAUGGUUAUCUAUAAUGCCUUACAUGACAAUGUUUUCCAUCUUUGUCUUGCUUAGUUUCACUGAAAAGCCAGUGAUGAAGCUUUUCUUUUUGUGGAAAGAUGCAAGGUUGCUGAAUGCAUUCACAAAUGCUGGAAUUUUCUCCUGGGAGUGUUCAUUAUUACAUAUGCAUACAUAUCUUAAAAUGCAAUAAGCAAUCACAUUGUGUACUGUUUUUGGAGAUGUACUCAUUUAAGAAGUGUACAAAUGAAACGCACGUAAUAGUUACACACUACAAAAUAGUCUUAAAGCUAAACAGCUGCAAACUGUGAAUGAAAACAUUCUGGUUGGUUAUUUGACUGUAGCGCUCGACUAGAUUCAUAAAGCAUGAAAAGCUUUAAUAGGUUAAGUUUAUUUUUAAAAGCAGUUGCUUUUGUCUUGCUUUCACAGUUGUUUGAUUUUAAUGCUAAAGAAUAUAUAACAGACAAUCAGUGCUUAUUUUACACUCAAAACCACUCAACUUUUUGUGGCAUUUUGCAUUC